AUAUCUCAAAACAUUCAUAACCGUACUUAUUUUGAAUGUAAUGACUGACUUUUUCAAUGAAAAUAUAUUUUUUUUCUCAGUAUUUCAUAUUUUGAAAGACAUGUUUAUUUAUUUGUAGCCAAGUGUUUCCAUUAUUUCUAAAUAAAAAUUGUAAAAUAUGGAUUCAGCAUCUAAUAAAAAUGAGACCAGUGAAAUUAAAAAACUUCAAUUCAUACCUUUGGAUUUAGAACAAGAUUUAGAAUUAGCCAUGAACGAAUCACUACCUGAAGUUUUACCUAUGGAUGAUGAUGAUGAUGAUGAAGACCAUGUUGGAGAAUUAGAAAAUAUUUAUGACUUCGAGAAUAACUCUGCUGCAAGUAUUCUUGAAAUGGAAAACCCAAAAGAAAUGAUUCUAGAUGAAACACUUGGAUGUCAUUCAAACUUUAAAACACCAAUCAAAGGUCAAGUAAUUUAUACAAGUCUUCCUAGUGAAACUUCAAAAAAAAUUGAGAAUAAAAGACUUACAGAUUACUCAGAUUUGGGUAUUGGCAAAUUAUCUCUUUAUACACCAGUAAAAACUGAAGUAGAAACCAUAAGUCUGACCAAUAAAUGUACAUCACAACUAUCUCAAAAAGAAAAGAAAUUUUCAGAUAUGUUUAGGACACCCAUACAACCUGCAAGUUUACUAAAACCAAGAGAACCAGCCUCAACUUCUAAAAUUCCUCAGGGCUAUAUAUCAGAUAUCGAAUUUCCAAAACUAAGAAUCAGAGGAACUACCUAUCUUAUUAUGAAAGUCCUUGGAAAAGGAGGUAGUUCAGAGGUUUAUCAAUGUUUUGAUUAUUUUGCUAAAGUAAAUAGAGCGAUUAAAUGUGUAAAUCUCGAUUCCCCAUCUUCUGAAGGAUUCUUGAAAGAAGUUGAUUGUUUACGGAAAUUGCAAAAGUUUGAUCGCAUCAUCAGACUGUAUGAUUACGAACAUUUGAAGAAGGAGAAAAAACUUUAUGUCGUUAUGGAAAUGGGUACGACGGAUUUGUCAAAAAUAUUGAGAAAUGCAUCAUCUAACAGUAAAGAAAUGUCUCCACCUUAUUUGAUACUUUUUUAUUGGAUGGAAAUGCUACGGGCUGUACGGCAAAUUCAUGCCUAUGGUGUAAUUCAUUCUGAUUUGAAACCAGCUAAUUUCCUGCUGGUAGAUGGAAAACUUAAAUUAAUUGAUUUUGGCAUAUCCUGUUCUCUUCAAAAUGAUAGUACAAGUGUAAUCAAAACUGUUUCGGAAGGAACUAGUAAUUAUAUCAGUCCAGAAGCACUUAACUGCGAAUACAGUUCUAGUGUGACCAGUCCAAACUACGGAAAACCGAAAUAUAAAAUAAGUGUUAAAGCUGAUGUGUGGUCUCUGGGAUGUAUACUUUAUCAGCUCGUUUAUAAAAAAACUCCUUUCCACGAAAUAACUAACCCAAUGCAGAAAUUGAUGGCAAUUGCGAACCCUAAUUUGACGAUAAAGUAUCCACGGGAUUAUGCUGUACCACAAAAAUUCAUAAAAACGAUAAAAAAAUGUCUUAUUUUUGAUGCCAAAUCGAGGGCCUCUGUUGUUGAUUUAAUUGCAGAAUAUGAGCACUUUGAUUCUGUAUAACAAAUGAUUUUAAUAUCUGUGAUCCUUUUCUCUCCUAAUUUCUGAUUCACUGAUUCUUUUCAGUUAUGGUUAGAAUUAAAAUAAAAUAGGUUCAUUGUAAGUACAGGGUGAUUCACCGGGAUGGUCUAUUAGACGUAAAUUAUAUUAGUUUUCCAUAAAUGUCGUAUAGGCUAUCCCGGUGAAUCACCCUGUAUAAUUAAUAAUGUCAGAUUGUGAAAUAUCACUACUGUAUUAUUAACUAAAAAUAUAUCAUAUUUAUUUUUUGAAUAUUUUGUACCCUUCAAAGAUUAUUCUACGAUGAGGAAAAACCAAUUCCAGCCAAAUUUUUCCAAAUGGUUAGAAUUAAAAUAAAAUAGGUUCAUUGUAAGUACAGGGUGAUUCACCGGGAUGAUGGUCUAUUAGACGUAAAUUAUAUUAGUUUUUCAUAAAUGUCGUAUAGGCUAUCCCGGUGAAUCACCCUGUAUAAUUAAUAAUGUCAGAUUCUGAAAUAUCACUACUGUAUUAUUAACUAAAAAUAUAUCAUAUUUAUUUUUUGAA